UUACAUUCGUCUUUAUUUGCAGAUUUGCAGAAAAGUAGAAGAGCUCAGCUAUAUUUUGAACAUCGAAGCGAGACAGAAUACACUCUAUGUGUUUCUUUUUCGUCUCCAUAACUUCCUAUAAUUUUUACCGCAGCUGAUUUUGACAUUUUAUUUCUUAAUUUAAAAGCGAAAAAUUUGAAAAAAAAAAACAAUUUUAAAAAUUUGAAAUGGACUUUGAUAAGUUGAAAACGGCAUCAAACCUUCUUCUCACAUCUUUUUUAUUUCAAGAAGACGAAAUUGAUUCCAAAAAACAAAAAAAAAGAUUUUGGGUUCAUCCAUACCUUCGCAAAAGAAAUGAAAGUGGUGCAGUCGUGUCAGUGUUUGGGGAAAUUGAGGCUAUCAGUGACCCUUUGUUGUUCUUAAAAUAUUUGAGGACUACUUCUGCACAGCUGGAAGAACUUCUGCUUCUUGUUGGUCCUCAAAUAAAAAAGGAAUAUGUCACACGAGAACCUAUAUGUCCGAAAAUGCGCUUAGUCAUUACUCUUCGUUAUUUGGCAACUGGGGAAUCUCAACAGAGCUUAAGGAUUUGUUACAAGUGUUCGGCUUCUGUCGUUCAUAAUAUUCUUUUCGAAACAACUGAAGUCAUCACUAGAGCUUUUUGGAAAAAGGUUUUUCCAAGUUUGGAAAACACUACUUUCUUAAGAGUAGCAAAGGGCUUCGAAGAUAAGUGGAACUUCCCAAAUUGCAUAGGCGCCCUCGAUGUAAAACAUAUUAUGAUUCAGUCUCCACAACACUCUGGUUCAGAGUUUUUUAACUACAAGAAACACUACUCAAUAGUUUUAAUGGCAUUGUGCGAUGCCGAUUAUGCAUUCUUGAUGUGUGACGAUUCCGCCACCCCGAGAUGCUACGUCAUUGUAGCCGACGAUGCCUUCACAUUAACAGAAAACAUGUUGAAGCCAUACAGCAAGAGGAACCUUACUGUGGAAGAAAGAAUUUUCAACUAUCGUCUGAGCAGAGCCAGAAGAGGAACUCAGCAACAGCAGCAAAGCUACUACGAAACAGGUUCGCAAAGUAUUUUGCUGGAAAAGGUGCUGUCAGCUGGCAAUGUGAAAGGAUAUAAACGCUCGCGGUUCUUCAACAUUUUCAGCUCGGAGCCGGAGCUCUUUAUUUAA